GUGAAGUAAAUAAUAAAUCGAUGGAUGCAAAAUAAAGACUAGAUUCUGCCAAAUUUCCAGGUUUCAAAAGACAAUUAGCUUCCCUAGCUCUCACCCAGAAUGGGAGGGUGCAUUGGGGCGCAUAGAGAUAAUGGCCCACCAUCAGGCGAAUCUUCUGACAUGACAGUGUCCAUUGGAAGAAACCAACCCUUAAAACCAGAGAAACCAAAAUGGAAAAGCGAUAUAGCUCUGACAGAUGGACAGUUAAGAAGUAAAAGAGAUGAAUUUUGGGAUACUGCACCAGCAUUUGAAGGAAGAAAAGAAAUAUGGGAUGCUUUAAAAGCAGCUGCUUAUGCUCUAGAAACAGGUGACCAUGCUAUGGCUCAAGCGAUAGUGGAUGGCGCCAACAUAUCAUUGCCUCAUGGAACAUUAAUGGACUGUUAUGAUGAACUAGGAAAUCGGUAUCAAUUGCCUGUUUAUGUUUUAAGUGCUCCAACAAAUCUUAUAGAUGAACUCAGUGAAAGUGACACUGGACAAGAAACUGAUGCCAAUUCCUCUCCUGGCAUUGAAAUUCCAAUCAAAUUCCGACUUUCCACAACCAACAAAGAUAUCAAACUUUAUGUGCGUACUACAGAUUCUGUGCUCAAAUUGAAAAAAAGGAUUUUUGAAGAAGAGGGAGUGGAAGUGUUAAGACAAAGGUGGUAUUUUGCUGGCAAGUUGCUCAGUGAUAAGUUACGUAUUGAAGAUGCUAAAAUACCCAAAGGAAAUGUUAUACAAGUGAUUGUGACUCAAGAAGGAGGUUCAAGUUAAAGUUGUGAUACAUUUAUUUUCUAUAUAUAAAUUAUUUUUCAGGGCUUAUUCUUGGUGCUCUCCAGUUGUGGCUACAUUUUGACUUCCUUAAUUCUUCAAAAUGUUAGUGAUGGUCUUCUUAACUUAAAGGGAGACAAAAAUCUAUUUGAUUUCAUUUGUGUUUUAAGUACUUGGAAAAUGCCCACAAAUAUGCUGCCUGAUUUUAAAGGGGGUGUGUGCCAGCUUUAUAGUAACAGGAAUCUUGACUUAGUCCUAUCUGGUUAUUGCCAGUAAUUU